UUUUCCUGACAUCAGAUAUAAAACUCCAGUGGACUCCUGCUGAGGAUGAGCCUGUAGUUGUUCCUGGUGUCGACUCCUUCAACACUACACAGAAAAAGGACUUCCAUAGAAAGCAGAGGAAAUGGCUCGGUCAGUCCUCCUAGCCCUGCUCGGCCUUAGUCUCGGACUGGUGUAUGCGUUUCCAGCCCCGGAGGAGGACGAUGACGGUGGUAAACACUGGGUGGUUCUGGUAGCAGGCUCCAAUGGCUGGUACAACUACAGGCAUCAGGCCGAUGUUUGCCAUGCCUACCAGAUUGUCCACAAGAAUGGCAUCCCAGAUGAACAGAUUGUGGUUAUGAUGUAUGAUGACUUAGCACAAAAUCCGGAUAACCCCACCCCUGGAAUAGUAAUCAACAGGCCAAACGGUUCAGAUGUGUACCAUGGAGUUCCUAAAGAUUACAUUGGUGACGAUGUGACCCCAGAAAACUUCUUGGCAGUGCUGAAGGGUGACUCUGCACAGGUCAAAGGGGGCUCUGGAAAAGUUCUAAAGAGCGGUCCCAAGGAUCAUGUGUUCGUUUACUUCACUGAUCACGGGGCACCUGGCAUUCUGGCUUUUCCAAAUGAUGACCUCCAUGUCGAUGACCUCCAGGAGGCCAUUAAGUACAUGCACGAUAAUAAAAAAUACAAAAAGAUGGUGUUGUACAUUGAGGCAUGUGAAUCUGGAUCAAUGAUGACCAGCCUUCCUGAUAACAUUGACGUGUAUGCCACAACAGCGGCCAACGACCACGAGUCCUCAUACGCCUGCUACUAUGACGAGAAGAGGGACACAUACCUGGGAGACUGGUACAGCGUCAACUGGAUGGAGGACUCUGAUGCGGAAGACCUGACACAAGAAACCCUUCAGAAGCAGUUCAAGAUCGUAAAGAGCCACACAAACACCAGCCAUGUCCAGCAGUUUGGAAACAAGACUGUGUCCCACAUGAAGGUUAUCAAGUUCCAGGGGGCUAACAAGGCAGGCAACCGUCCUGCUCCGAUAAAACUGCAGCCUAUUACAAAUCCUGAUCUGACCCCAAGUCCUGAUGUUCCCCUGGCCAUCCUCAAGAGGAAGUUGAUGGCCUCCAAUGAUAUCCGUGUUGAGAAGGGGCUGCUGAUGGAAAUUAACUCUCACUAUAAGAUCAGGGAGGUUUUAGCCGAUACCAUGUUCCAGGUGGUCAAGAAGGUGACCAAUGAUCAGCUCAAGGCAGAAGAUAUUAUUAACUCCAGAGUUGGACUGACCCAGCAUCAGUGCUACAAAGCAGCAGUCCACCACUAUAAGGAAACCUGCUUCAACUGGCACAAAUCUGAGUUCGAAUAUGCUCUGAGACAUCUGUACACCCUGGUGAACCUGUGCGAGAAAGGAUAUCCUGUAGACAGCAUCCUUCGUGCCAUGGACUAUGUGUGCAUUCACAACAAGUAAAGGGAUUUCCAUGAAUCCGUUCUGGACUCAGAUGAGUCUGCCUCCUCUGGGUGGGUGGAGGGCCUUAAAAGACAGAGCUUCACUUUGCACUGCAUAGAAAUCAAUCUGAUGUUGAGCUGACUGUUUUAUCAACACAUGAUAACACUUUUUUAUCUCUGUGAUGUGUUUUGAUUUUAUUGAAAAUUUUUUAACUUGUUUUAUCAUGAGUUGCACUAUCACUGUGAAAGAUUUGUGGAUACAUUUUUUUUUUUUUUUACAGUUAUCUGCUGGAUUAUAUGAUAAAAUCCAUGUAAAUUUCUUUUGCUCUCAGCUUUAUGUGUAUGGCCUUGAAUGAAUGUUGAAAUGAUGUGUAUAGGACAUACCACUAAACUCUGAAUGUCUGCUAAAUUCAAGAGACUUUGUUGUAAAAGAGAAAUCUUGAAAUAAAAUUUUACAAACCAAAA